CGCUUUCGUUUCCGUUUAAAUGCCCCAAACCUUCGGCUAAACUCAAGAAAGUGAAAACGACGUUUACGGCAUCUACGAACAUGAACAUCGUAUCCAGACACAUAUUCACCUUUAUCUGCAAACACGAGGGCUGCACGGACUAUGGUAAAGUCGAGAGGGAUUUGCGGCAGAGUAUCACGGUGGCGGAUCAGGUUUUGUCUCAGGUGCUCGACGAUCACCAGAGGUUUGUUAUAGUUCAGGAUGAAGACUCGAAUCCCAGAAGCUCCAUACCGGAUGCUGACACUCUGAUCUUAGCCAAAACCUCUCUUCGACUGUGUAAACGUGACAAAUGUUGCGGGUGUGAAGACCUACACCUGUGCAGGUACCUUGUGUGUGGAAAUUGCAGGUUUGGGGCAAAAUGCAAAAAUUCUCAUGACGUGACAUCAGCACAUAAUUCUGACCUCCUGGAGAAACAUGAUCUUCGUGGCCUUGAGCAAAGAGAGUUGUUUCAACUUCUGCUUCAGAACGACCCCUCAUUACUUCCAGAGGUCUGCUCCCACUACAACAAGGGAAAUGGCGAACAUGGCAGCUGUAAAUAUAAGACAUCCUGUACCAACCUGCACCUCUGCCUGCACUUCCUGCAGGACGACUGUAAGUUCGGAGCAGCUUGCAAAAGGGCCCACAGCUUCGACGCAAAUGCUCAGAAAAUCCUGAAUGCCCGAGGACUUGGUCCAGAAAAUAUGCGAAAACUGCACAGGCUUUACAAGACCAAAGUACUGAUCGCUUCUUCGGCUUUCAAGAAGAGCGAGACAGUAGCUCUACCUGCAGUGAAAGGACGCACCAGACACAAAUCCGGUAGCUCCAUCAGUGAAGCGGAUCACAAUGAAAUCUGUCUCUUUUUCAUACGCACUGGAUGUAGCUUCAAAGACAAGUGUGUCCGUUUUCACCACCAUCUACCCUACAAAUGGCAGAUGUUACAGAAGGAUGGGGUUACGUGGGGAGACUUGCCAAACGAAGAAGAGAUUGAGAAGGCCUACUGCAGUCCAGCUAAUGUUUUGUGUAUUACCAAGAGCAGCACAGGCCAUCAGGUAGUGGACUUUAUGUCGAUGGCGUGUGGCGUGUCAGAUGUGCGUCGACUGUCCACAGCGUCUUCUGUCACUAAACCCCCUCACUUCAUUCUGACCACCGAAUGGAUCUGGUACUGGAGGAAUGACAAGGGAGGCUGGACAGAGUAUGGCAAAGGGGAAGAUUCUAAGCUGGUGGCAUCAGUCACUUCAGAAGAUCUUGAGAAACAGUACCUGACUGACAAUGAAAAGGAAAUCUCAUUCACUUCACAGAACCAUCAAUACAUCCUCAAAUUUAAAGAGAUGUGCCAGAAAAAUCUGAAAUACAAAACUGAAAGAGACAUUAGAAGGAGACCACGUUUUGUUUCUCCCCAAGAUGUCAAGAGCAAAAUCAAGGGAAGCGAGUCUACAGACAGCUCAGCAUCUUCUUCUGUGGAAGUUCCACCUUACUGGGACAAAGGAGCUCUUGAUAACUUUACCUACAAGACUGUUCCUCUGCAAAGCUCUUCCAAGGAAUACCAAAGAGUGAACGUAAUGUUUAGUAGAACACUGCCCAGAAGUACCAUUCACAGCAUUGAAAGAGUGCAGAAUCUCUCUCUCUGGAAGGUCUUUCAGUGGCAAAAAGAACAGAUGAAUAAGAGAAACGGAGAGAGUGCAGUUGACCAGCGUCACCUUUUCCACGGUACAGAUGAGUCUCUCAUAGAAGCAAUUUGUGAGCAAAACUUUGACUGGAGGAUCUGUGGAAGUCACGGCACUCUUUAUGGAAAAGGCAGCUAUUUUGCCAGAGAUGCUUCAUACUCUGACAAAUAUGCAAAAUCCAGGAUCGGUAAGACCAAGAAGAUGUUCGUGGCACAGGUGCUGGUGGGCAGCUUCACAAGGGGUAACAUUUCUGUAGUCCGUCCUCCACAGAAACCCAACAGUCAAAACUUUUACGACAGCUGUGUUGAUAAUGAAACUAAUCCCGCCAUUUUUGUUGUGUUUGAGAAAUACCAGAUCUAUCCUGAGUACAUAAUCGAAUACUCUUAAUUUGUACAGUAAAGCUCUUCUUGUUUCUUGAAAGUCCUCUUACACCGAUGGGGAUUUCUUUUUGUUAAUAUAUCACUGAACGUAACCAAAAUCUACUCGUAUGCAUCUUCUUUCAAGUAAACGUUUGUAGGGAUUACAAAAUGGGUAACUGUGUAUCAUCAUUUCUUUUAUUAAUAAAUCUGUGACACACUUCACUGUGCAGUAAAAAUAGUAAAUACAAAUAUUUAGGUAGAGGUCUUUAUGCAUUAACUGCAGUGACUGUAUUUCUUGUUGACUAUUGUACUAAAAAAGGGUUUUAUGAAAUUCCUAAUCAAUUUAACAGCCGAAAGCUAACCGCUACUGUAACUAUCAAUCAAUAAAUGGUUUAUUGCACUGGAUGAAACGUAAACGAUAUAGUUGUAUGGACACUGAGCAUUACUUGUGCCCAUUUUAUUUAGCUUUUCAUGUAAUUCACGUUAAAUGUAUUUUAAUACAUAACUGAAUUAAAGUACUGAUACUGUUACAAA